GUUGAGGUAAACAAACCCCAGAACUAUGCGGUGGUCUUGUCAGAGGCUCUUCAGUGCCCUCUCAUCUCGCCAGGCAUACACCUGUCUGGCAACGAAGCGAUUGCAAGUCUACGGGAUACCGACAGCCACUCAAUUUCGACAAGCUCGUAAUAUACCAACACGAAAGAAUUUCACUACGGAGUCAACCAAGUCAAGCAGUACUCGGUUCACAGUCCAGGUCAGAGGACCAGAAGAAACCGAAUACGACGAUCACCGAGACCUUCUUCUCGCGCAACUGAAAAAGAUCCCCCGCGACACCCAGUUUCUCGAAAUAACGGAAGACACACCCUCCAGCAUUGAAUGGGGACUGCUUGGGAAUCAUUUCAACCGGAUCAAAGACCUUGAGAUGCGAGUCGGUUUCAAUGAGGAGUUGAACGACGCGGAACUACCAGACCACUGGCCGCUGGAACGCCUUUUUAUCAGCAAUGCCUGCGCAGAGGUGUUUCGCAGUCCAUUCGUUCUCGAAGGAAGAGUCAAGCAUCUCGUUCUACUAGCAACAGCCGGCCUUCGAUUUGAAGGCUUGAGUACCGACGAGCUGUGUAGUGCGAAUAGAGAAGCGAUCGCCCGAGGAGAAAAGAAGGCUCAGUAUGUCUCCGAAAAGAAGAGGAUGCAGAUAGUAUCGAUCCCGGAACUGGUCGUGGAAAUGAUGAACAAGCGAUGGGCAGGGACGCAUUCACCGCUACCACCGACUACACGAAACACUGACUUGCAACUCCUCCCGAAGGAAGUACCAACCAAGAUGACCAAGCUCGAGAUCAUUGAAAAUGACUCCAUGGACACCUUCAACCGAAUGACCGUUGCUCUUCCCCAUGUGAUUGAGAACCUGUCCACGCUCAAUAUUCGCUCCACGCAAGGGCUCGAUUUCGCGUUCACGAAGGAGACCCUCUUCACAUGUCUUCUGCCCCAGCUGUCAGCCUUGAAAACUCUCGUUCUUUCCGUCGGCGAGGUCUUUCAGGAUGAUUCCCUCCUCCCAACACUCUACUCCGUUCUUCCGCCUAAUCUCUCGACCUUACGCUUCCGCGGACCAGCCUCGCUGGUCGAAUCCAGCCACUGGAGCAACUGGAUAACGUCGUUUGCGUCCCCAGAGAUUCUGCCAAACUUGAAACGAUUGAGCUUUGCGCUUGAUCUACACUAUGAGGCUUCGGGGGAAAGCUCAGCUGACGCUCGUCGAAGGAAGCUCGUGAAGGCGCCAGAGGACGUGCUUCGGUGUGCACAGAAUGAGUGUAAAAGGCUUUUCCGGGCUGCUGAACAGCGUGGGGUUGUGGUUGAGCCGUUCCGGGAUGAGUGGGUUGAAGAGUGGCCUUAUCUCAAACAGGUCGAUGAGCGGUGGAUGCAACUUUGAUGGUGGCGGUGUUAUUUGAUGCUUUGUAUCGUAUAUUAUGAGAAACUCGC